CUGGGUAGCUACAUCACUAAGGAGUUGUCAGGUAAGAUGGCGUCAGCAUCUUCUUUCUCCUGUCCUGUGUGCCGGAAGGUCACUGAGCCAGUGAACCAAUCAGAAGGNAAAGAGAGUUGGGCCGAACAAUUCCCCACCAACAAUCUGGCGGUCGAAAUAAUCCAGCAAUUACAAAAGACAGAUAACUCGAUCACGUGCAAACCAUGUGAAAAGAAAGGAAACUUGAAUAACCAAGCCAGGUUCUGGUGUAAGCUGAUCAACACUUACUUCUGUUCAACCUGCAAAAUCAACAUUCAUGAUUUGCUUCAUGAAGAAUGUGAAUGUCAAGACAUCUCUGAAGUAAACAUAUCGGUUAUACUACAUCAGAAGGCCUCAGUCAAUGGAUGUGGAAAACACGAGGAAAAGAUGGAAUAUUACUGUGAAGAUCAUCAAAUUCUGGGAUGUAGCAAAUGCAUCAUCUUGGAUCAUCGAAAGUGUGAAUUGGUGACGUCAGCAGACGAUUACCGGGUCAAGUUGAGGAAAGGCUCUAAAAUCGACGAUCUGCUGGAGGAACUUCGGAAAAGUGCAGAUGUCAUGGAGAUACUGAUCAAAGAUGUUGGUGAACAACUUCAGUCCAUGACAAUGGAUCAGGACACUGCUCUGCAAAGUUUGACCGACAUACGCAAAAAGAUCGACGAGCGGUUUGAUGUACUACAGAAAGAUCUUUCAGAAAACAUUGUACAAUCCUUUAAGGAAGAAAAAGAAAGUCUCGAAAUUUCCAUACAGAAAUGUGAACGGCUGAUGUUCUCUAUACAGAACACGCUCAAGUCAUCAGAAGAUGCAGCCUUGAAGGACGACACCGUGGGGACAAUUUGUCUAUUCCAGAGAGGACAGGCGGAGGUCGAGUCCUGUAAGGAACUCAUACAGGAGUUGGAGAGGUCGUCUUCGUCCACAAGUAUCAAACAUGAAUAUGACCCGGAUAUUCUCGCUGUCGAAACCAACACCUGCCUUACAAUGGGAAAGAUAGUUGUUAAUCAACAACCGAGGAGACUGCCAUCUACUGUGUAUAGUAGCAUGGUACCGUUGUCGGAACGUCAUUUGAAGAUGACGGGGAAGUUCACUAUCAAAGAUGCUUCAGACAAAAACGACUGUAAGGCGUUUGGAGUUGUCUUCCUUCCUGGUGGUCGUAUUGUUGUCGGAGAUCAAGGAAAUAGAAAGAUGAAACUAUUUACAGAGAAAGGUGAUUUAAAAUUUGAGUUGGAACUUACGGAUGCAUCCUGUGAUCUUUGUCGUAUUGAUGACAACACUGUGACAGUGAUACUGAUGACCGUCAAAACAAUAUGUAUUGUUAAUGUCGGGGAUUCUACCUUGACCGUUUCAUCGAAAAUCCAGAUGCCAAAGCUUGAUAAAAACUGUCUUGGAGUGGCAUACCACAACAACCAUUUCACUGUCGGUACAGCUAAAUCAAUCUAUAGUGUCCCAGCAACCGGAGGUGAACCUAAAAAACUUCUCACAAUUGGAUCAAAAUGUUUGCAUCUCGCAAGCAAUCAGAAGACUGGACACGUCUUUGCUAGUAUUUGUACCUCUACCCCAGACGAGGUGGCCGUGACCCGACUGUCGGACGAUACCAAAGCAGACAUAUUGAAGGUCGGGGUCAUGAAAGGUACAACAGGAAUAGAUGUGGACAGGGAGGGCAAUGUGUAUGUCUGUGGAGCUAGUUCACAGAAUGUCAUUCAGAUUUCUGGGAAUGGAAGAAACAUCAGGGAACUGCUGACGUCAUCAGAUGGAAUCAAACGACCGAGAGCGAUUGCUGUGUGGGAGGAUAGGAUAGUGAUCACAAACGAAGUAGAAGACCAAAGGAACUUUGUACACUUGUUCCAGCUCGUCUGAAUGGUAGGGAAUCCCGAGAAUGUAUAGACCGGUGAUAUAUAGGAUAAAGUAUAGACCGGUGAUAUAUAGGAUAAAGUAUAGACUGGUGAUAUAUACGAUAAAGUAUAGACCGGUGAUAUGUAGGAUAAAGUAUAGACCGGUGAUAUAUAGGACAAAGUAUAGACCGGUGAUAUAUAGGAUAAAGUAUAGACCAGUGAUAUAUAGGAUAAAGUAUAGACCGGUGAUAUAUAGGAUAAAGGAACUGGUCGAGUUUGGACGGACUAUGUUAAUCAUUUCAAGACCAAAUUCCAUACAAGAAAACUUCACCCGCAUGGAAAGCCACAUACUAUGCAUGUUAAAGUUGUAGGGUUUGUAUUUACGUUAUCCUACGAACAUUCCACUAACUUAUCAUGUCUUGCCAUGUGUUAUGUAUAGUCAACAUGAUUUUGUGAAACAAGCUCGAGUCAAAUAUUGUAAGAAGAACUCUGCGCUAUGUACCAGACAUCUCCACCUGCACGUUUGAUAACAUAUACAUAUAAAUGCCAUAAUAGAGGAUCUGUGUAACACUAGUACCAUGUCAUUGAGAGUAGGGAAACAUUUCCAUCAGUGGUUGUAGUGAUGAGUGACAGUGUGUUUUGUUACGUAAAUUUUGGAUGGAGUGACUCGUGAAAAGUUGAACACUAUAAAUACCAGUUUCCUUCCUUGUAAUAUAUUUACACAAUGGUAGGGGUCGACUGGCAAUUGUACAAUACCAUUGGUGGUCACCUUUGACCUUAAAUAUGCGUAAUGCUAAGUCGGUAAUAGAUGCAAACAAAAACUAAAUUGAAAUGAUUGAAUGGGCAGUCUACACCUUACCAUCGACAGAGCAAGACGACCGGCUCCGUUCAAGCGGUUUAUUUCAGGACAAAACAACAUUAAAUAAUACGGAGGUAUACAUUUUACUAUGUUGGCAACUCAUGUGUACCCGUGUUACUAUUAUUAUGUCGUACUUGUAACAUUUGACACUUAGUUGUUCGUAUGCCUAUAUUAUCACGAAUAUGGAGGAUAAGUAUAGGGGUAAAAAAGUAAUAACAGAAAAUUAAGUACAUGUACAUGUAAAUAAAAAAUUCUCAGAAAAAAUGCCUUUUAACUGUAUACAUGAAACAACUCAUUAUUAUCAUACAUAACUUAAACACAUGCAUGAUUUUAAUAGCAUCUGUCAGUCACGAACGCAUUAGUUUAAGUGAAGCUAUCACAAAUAUAUAGUAUCAAUAGUUCAAUAAUUUUCCAGGAAAUCAUCAAUUUUCUUAGAGCAUGAUGAAUGUUAGAAACUUAAAAUCCGAAAUCCAAGUUAUCAAAGUUAAUUGUUCUGAAAAUUUUAAUACUCUGAAGACGGAGGUCAGUCUAGUAAGCCAGCAAAGUGAACGAAAUCUAAUUGUGUAUCUAGGUUGUAUAACAAAAUCCUUUCAUAUAAGUUAAAUGUACUAGGACUUUAUCAUUUCAAUGUGUUUCCUUACAGCAGUCCAAUAGUGACAUAUGUGUUAUCCACAUACUAUUCAAUAGAAACAAAAUCUGUUGAGAUAUAUUUCACAAGAAUAAUUCAUUUUUACAUGAAAUUAAUGAAAACUUUGAUUUUUAAAGUGUCAUUCGAUAUUCAGUGUUUCAUUUAUUUGAAUAUUUUAAAUAGUAUCUUUAAAAUAAACAGAAUA